AUGAAACAAUUAGACAGAAGACAGAUUGACAGCAAGACAAUUGGACAGAAUAAAUGGGCAGUGACAUUUGGAAAUAGGACAAUUGGACAUCGAAAUCGUGGAAAGCCCCAUUACACAUUUUAUGACGGCCCUCCUUUUGCUACUGGACUUCCACACUAUGGGCAUAUUUUGGCAGGCACAAUAAAAGACAUUGUUACUCGUUGGGCACAUCAAAGUGGUUUUUAUGUUGAAAGACGUUUUGGAUGGGAUACGCAUGGAUUACCUGUAGAGUACGAAGUAGACAAAAUUUUGGGCGUCAAAGGGCCUAGUGAUGUUUUGGAUAUGGGAAUUGGUGUUUACAAUGCAAAAUGUAGAGGCAUUGUAAUGAGAUAUGCUGAAGAAUGGCAACAUAUGGUUGAGAGGACUGGACGUUGGAUAGAUUUUGAUAAUGACUACAAAACUCUUUACCCUUGGUUUAUGGAAUCUGUUUGGUGGGUCUUUUCUCAACUCUUCAAAAAGAAUUUUGUUUAUCGUGGAGUGAAGGUUAUGCCAUUUUCUACUGGCUGUUCAACUCCUCUUUUCAAUUUUGAGGCUGGCCAAAAUUAUCAGGAUGUUGUUGAUCCGUCAGGUUUUUUUGAAGAUUUCUUAAGGUCAUCUUACUCGAAUCCUUUUUUAGUUUUUGUUGCUUUCCCCCUUGUUGAAAAUUCGGAUCGCUCCUUUGUUGCUUGGACUACAACUCCUUGGACUUUACCCAGCAAUUUAGCUUUAUGUGUAAAUCCAAAUCUUGUUUAUGCUGUUAUUUUGGAUGUUAAAACUCAAAAAGAAUACAUUAUGCUAAAAGAACGUCUUUCUGAAUUGUACAAAUCGGCAAAUUUAUAUAAAAUAAUUGAGACAAUCAAGGGAAGUGAACUUGCUGGAAAAGAGUAUAUUCCACCUUUUCCCUAUUUUUUGAAUUUAAAAGAAGCUGGAAGAAAAGUAUUUGUUGUUGUAACAAAUACUUAUGUGAAAACUGAUCAGGGAACGGGAAUUGUUCAUCAGGCGCCGUAUUUUGGAGAGGAAGACCACAAAACAUGUUUAGAACACGGAGUCAUUACAAAAGAUGCAGAGAUGACCUGCCCUGUUAAUGAAAAGGGAAUUUUUACAGAUGAAGUUGUUGACUUUAAAGGAUUAUAUGUAAAAGAUGCUGACAAACAAAUAAUUAAAAUGUUGAAAGAAAAGGGUUUAUUAUUAAAACAGGAGCAAUACAAGCAUAGUUAUCCAUUUUGUUAUAGAUCACAUACUCCUUUAAUUUACAAGGCUGUCCCGUCUUGGUUUAUUAGAGUGGAAUCACUUGUUGAACAAUUAUUGUUGAAUAAUGAGAAGACUAGAUGGGUCCCUUCCUUCGUUCGAGACAAACGUUUUGCAAAUUGGUUGCGUGAUGCAAGAGACUGGGCUGUCAGUAGAAAUCGUUUCUGGGGGACACCAAUCAAUUUGUGGGUUAGUGAAGAUCAUACAGAAAUUGUUUGUCCUGGUUCAAUUGCAGAACUUGAAGAGCUUACUGGUACUAAAAUAACGGAUUUACAUCGAGAAAAUAUUGAUGAUUUAACAAUUCCUUCAAAAAUAAAAGGGAAUGGACCUUUGAAACGUGUUUGUGAAGUUUUUGAUUGUUGGUUUGAAUCAGGCUCUAUGCCUUAUGCCCAGCAACAUUAUCCGUUUGAAAAUUCUGAAGUUUUUGAAAAUAAUUUUCCUGCUGAUUUUAUCGCUGAAGGUAUUGACCAAACUCGUGGUUGGUUUUAUACUUUAUUGGUCAUUUCAACAGCUCUUUUCAAUCGUCCUCCAUUCAAAAAUUUAAUUUGUAACGGUUUAGUGUUAGCUUCAGAUGGAAAUAAAAUGUCUAAAAGUAAAAAGAAUUAUCCUGAUCCAAUGGAAAUUGUUGAGAAAUAUGGGGCAGAUGCUCUUCGACUUUAUUUAAUUAAUUCGCCUGUUGUUAGAGGUGAAAAUUUGCGUUUUCAAGAAGAAGGUGUAGCAGAGGUAGUUAAACAAGUUCUUGGUCCGUGGUUAAAUGCUUACAAAUUUGUUAGUUUGGCAAUUAAUAAAUAUGAAGCGGAAUCAGGCAAUCAAUUUGUUUUAUACAAAAAAGGCUUUACCAAUUUAAUGGAUCAAUGGAUAUUGUCUUUUACCAAUAGCCUUGUAGCUUUUGUCAGUAAAGAAAUGAAAGAAUAUCGUUUAUACACAGUUGUUUCUCCUCUUGUAAAUUAUUUUGAUACACUUACAAACACUUAUAUACGUCUAAAUCGAAGCCGAAUCAAAGGAACGACUAAAGAAAAUUCUAAAGAAGAUCAAUUGUUUGCAAUGUCAACUGUUGUUCAUGUUAUUUUACAAAUUACUCGGUUGAUGGCGCCUUUUACUCCUUUUUUCUCGGAAUAUAUGUGGCAGAAAUUGAGAAAAUUGACUGACUCAGAAAAUGAAGAUUCUGUCCAUUUUACUCAACUACCCAUCCCUGAAGACCAAUUUAUUGAUGAAAAUUUGGAAAGGCAAGUGGCUGCAAUGAGAAGUAUAAUUGAAAUUAUAAGAACGUUGAGAGAUAGAAAAGCUAUUGCUGUUAAGUAUCCAUUGAAAGAAGUUAUUGUUGUGAACAGGGAUUCUCAAUUUCUCGAAGACGUAAAACUUCUGGAGAAUUAUAUACUUUCCGAAAUGAAUGUAAUUAAAUUAACUACUUCAAGUAAUCGUCAAGAAUAUGGUGUUAAUUUAAAAGCGGAGCCUAACUUUAGAUUACUUGGUGCUCGGUUAAAAGGAGAUCAGAAAGCUGUGACAGAUUAUUUGAAGAAUAAAAUAUCGGAGGACGAAUUGGAAACAUUUUUGGACGAUGGAAAAAUUGUUGUUUUGGGGCAUGAAUUGUCUUGUGAUGAAUUGACCGUCUCAUUUACUACAAAUAAGGAGAAGGAUAAUGAGGAUGAUAAUCAAUGGGAAACGGCAACUAAAGGAAAGUGUGUUGUUAUGAUAAAUACAAGUGAAGAUGAAAAUAUUUUGGCUAUGGGACUUUCUAGAGAAGUGGCAAAUAGAAUACAAAAGUUGCGGAAAAAGGGAAAAUUAUUAGAAACAGACAAAGCACUAGUUUAUUGUUUUGUAACACCCAAAGAUUCUUUACUGGCAAAAUCGCUCAAUGACAAUUAUAAAAAUAUUGAGCAAAGUACUGGAACGCCGUUAAAGUUAGAAGAGUGUAAUUUUCAAAAUAAGGAUGGAUUUAUUGCUGAAAGUUGUGAUCAAAUUAAGGGAGCACAAUUGGAGUUAAAAUUGUUGAGACUUUCGAAUUGA